UCUGAGAACCUGCCUUCCGUGGUUCAGCCUGGGUGCCAGCACCCGCACUUCAGCCUGAGGUCCUGUACCCAGCCUGAUGCCUGUACCCAGCCUGAUGCCCUCAAUCCAGCCUGAUGAUCCUAUUAGGCAGUAGACUCGAUGCCCGCUGUCGAGCCAGACAAUCUGGUACCUGAUGACCCGGUGCCCGCUGUCGUGCCAAUUGACUCAGAGCCCACUGUCGUGCCUGAUGACGCGGUGCCCGCUGUUGAGCCAAAAUGACCUGAUGCCUGGUGACCCGAUGCCCGCUGUCCAGCCAGACGAUCCCAAUGUCUGACCCAGUGCCCGCGGUUAUACCCAUUGACUCGGUAGCCCACUGCCUUGCCAGAUCACUUGACGCGGUGCCCGCUGUCGAGCCAAAUGACCUGAUGCCUGGUGACCCGAUGCCAACCGCUGUCCAGCCCAGAACUACGAUCCAAUGUCUGACCCAGUGCCAGCGGGUCAUGCCAAUUGACUCGGAGCCCACUGUCGUGCCU